CGAGCUGUUUUGCUAGACUGAGGCAGAAGGUCGGUUAUCCUGGCUUCUUACAAUGUUCUUGCAGCACCAAAGUAGAGUUAAUAUCUGGGAAUUACUUCACAACCUUUAUAUACACACAAAAAUGUCGAGGGUUUUAGAUUUGUGAUCAAGGCAAAAACUGCAUUUACAUUCUUGUUAGCUCCAGUAAUAUAUCUCGUUCUGAAGGCGGCGACUGACACACUGCGCAUGCGCUUUAAGGUUUGUUUAGGUUCGGAAUACACUAAUACAAAUGUAAACUAUAUAUGCGAACUAUUAUAUGCGAAGUUUCAGAAUCUGAUUCAUUACGAAAAUAAUUACAUGUGAACAUCCAGUAGAUGGCAGCAAUACACUAAAGGGGUUUCUAGUUUGCCAUGUAAAUCCAAAAGAACAAAUAUAGGAUAUGCUGAAGGGAGAUACGAGUGCUGAACGUAUGAAGACCAGUUCAAGUAUUUCUUGAUAUUAAUCGACGACUGUAACGACCGUGUAAGAGUUUGAAUGGACAGUUGUGGAGUAUUUUCGCCGGAUGCUGUAUAUUUUCAAUCUGUUUGUUGUUUCCACUCGUGAGAGAUGUUCCCGAUGUUUACAUGAACCAGCUUGAGAGAUGAGUCACUUUGAUUUUUCCAGAUCUGGUCCAGUUUACACCUGCAGUGAAGCUCCUCCCGCAACAAUUCACCAGUAAAUACUGGGAAAAUUCACAUCAUCCUAAAAGAGAAGAACAAACUCCAGGAGUAGGAGCUGAAAUCUGUGUGACUGUUAAAGAUGGAGUUUAUUAAAGAGGAGAUUGAAGAUAUGAGUGAUCCAGAACCAUCCAGAAUAAAACAUGAAGAUACUGAGGAACAAAUAGACCAAAUGGAAGUGAAGGAGCAAAGACAGAAGCUGAAUGAAGUAAAAAAGGAACAUGACUUCAAAGCUCAAAAGAGUUUUUCAUGGGUGAACAGUUUUACGCAGAACCAGGAAACACAUAAUAAAGUGAGAGAUUAUGUGUGUUUGGAGUGUGGGAAGAGCUUUGCUGCGUCUGCCAAUCUGAGACAGCACCAAAGAAUUCAUACUGGAGAAAAACCUUACAAGUGUUCAUAUUGUGACAAGAGUUUCACUCAGUCUGGAUCCCUGAAAUUACACGAGCGACUUCAUACUGGAGAGAAGCCGUACCACUGUGCUUUGUGUAUAAAGAGUUUCAAAUGUAAAAUCAACCUCAAGUAUCAUCAUCUGCGUGUUCACUCUGAAGAAAAGCCAUUUAACUGUGAUCAGUGUGGUAAAGAUUUUAAAAUGUCAUCAAAUCUAAAAAAACACCUGAUAGUUCAUACAAACGAAAGGCCUUAUGCAUGUUCAUUUUGUGGAGAGACUUAUUCACGGCUGGAACAUUGUAAACGGCACCAGAAAACACACACCGGUGAGAAAGAUCAUGUUUGUUUGGAGUGUGGAAAGAGCUUUAUUACAGCUGACCAUCUGAAACUGCACCAAAGAAUUCAUACUGGAGAAAAACCUUACAAGUGCUCAUAUUGUGACAAGAGUUUCACUCAGUCGGGACACCUGAAAGAACAUCAGCCAGUUCAUACUGGAGAGAAGUUGUACUGUACUCAAUGCGAGAAGAGUUUUAGGCAUUCAAAAAGCCUUCUCAGGCACAUGAAGAAAUAUCAUAAGCCGUCACAGUGAAGCAACAUUUUAUUUUCAUGUCAAACACAUUGAAGUAAAUGGUGUAAGAUGAACAAAAUCUGUAGUACAGUUGAAGGAUCGAAGGAUUCUUAAUAACCUGUGCGUGUGGUUGUGUUUCUUCAACAGAGCAAACGUACAUCUGUGUUGCGUUCUAUUUUUUAUAUUUAAUUUAAUAAUAUAAUCAUUUAUGUUGGUUUUCAAGGGAUGUUUGUCUUGAAAGAAUGUUUCCAAUUCAAGGGUUUAACGUCACAGGACAAUGUUGUGAAGCCGUAUUUUCCAUUUUUUUGCUUUGGUAUGAUGAUAACAUUUGUUGUAUUUGUAUUGAUCAUACAAACUCUGAGCAACUAAGAUUAUUCAAUAUAGUACUUCAGGGAUGACGUGUUUUUGUAGGCAAAACCCGGAAGCGAGUUAGCAUUUUAGGACUUCGCACUAAAGUCAAUGGGUUUUUUGAAUGGGUUUUUGCUAAAUCGCCUAAAAUAAGG